UCAACUCUUAAAAACCAAACCAAAGCAUCUGCCCCGACCUGUCCGAUCUGUUACUGCCUCUCUCCUACUUGCCUUAAAUUCCUCUGUGUUGUGUCCACCUUUCGCUGUCCCACCUCCCCUGCCUCCCUCCUCCGUUUUGUGGCCAUGCUCGAGCGUCUGUCCCGCCGCUCUCGAUCCAUGCUUUCUCUGACAUUAACCUCUUUGGCUCUGGCCCUGUCCAUCCUGGCUCUCUGCACCUCCUACUGGUGUGAGGGCACCCACAAGGUGGUCAAGCCUCUCUGCCUGUCGCCUGUCAAAAUGAAGAACUGUGGUCAGAACAACAGUGAGCCUUACACAACAGAGAGCCCCACACAAAACCCUUUCAACCGGACACUGUCUCCAGCCAGAAGAGAUGAGCUGGACAAGAUCAGACAAAGACAGCUGGCCAAUGCCGUACACUACAUCUGGGAGACAGGGGAAGACAAGUUUGCCUUCAGAUAUUUCCAUACAGGCUUCUGGGAAAGCUGUGAAAAGCAGAAUGAUGGUGAGACCAAGAUGCACAUUUCAUAUUAACUCAUCUUGUAGAGAGAAGUGGGUAUGUUAGUUGUUAAAGAUUUUUAUGAUCAUCUAAAUCUGCACAUGCUGUUGGCAGGAGAGGUGUGUCGCAGCUUUAUCGACUUAACUCCAGGGGAAACACAAGGUGUGCUUUGGCUGUCGGUUAUUUCUGAGUUUACAUAUAUUGGCCUGCUGGGGAUGGGCUUCUUACUGAUGUGCCUGGAAGUCAUGUGCUCCCAUAAAGAGAUGCACGCACUAAAAAUCAAUGCCUUCGCAGCUAUUUGUACUGUGCUAUCAGGUCUUCUUGGGAUGGUAGCACAUAUGAUGUUCACCACAGUAUUUCAGAUGACAGUCAUCGUGGGCCCUAAAGACUGGAGGCCUCAGUCCUGGGAUUACGGCUGGUCAUUUGCCCUUGCCUGGGUAUCCUUUAGCUGCUGCAUGGGGGCUGCUGUCGUCACACUCAACUCCUACACGAAGACCAUCAUUGAGAUCCGUCGCAGGCAAAGACUCCGCUUGGACGAAGCAAGAGCUGCUGCUCGGGCCCCGUCAUAUGACGAAGUGGUUCCAGGAGGAGGGUUGUACUCCGUCAGCGGCCUGCUGCACUGUCCGGAUGGGAUGAUUGAUGUGGCAUGGGCCCCGAAUGGUAGCGUUGUCGGAGUGGGAAAUGGGGACGUGCCAACACUGGUUUUAGUGGGAGGCUGUGGCCCAGAGGGGUGUGAGGACUGCGAGCGUGAGAGGGACCAGAUGGGAGCGGUCUUGGAUCGGAUUGAUUCACCUUGUUAGGAGGGCCAGCUAUUCACAUUAACUAAAAGGGCAAAAUAAAUAAAUAAAACACUGCAUUGCUGCAGUGAUCAGAGAUGCUGGUUUGCUUUGACUUUUGAUUCCUUGGAACACAUUUAUGAGUCAAAGGUCAAACAAAUUGCUAAACAGAAGUGGAAAGUGGGUGUUGAAUUGAGUCGCCAACUGAUUUAAAAUGGAGGCUUCUUGCCUUAUGACUUGCACUGAGAGAAACAUCCAACGUUCACUUUGCAUCAACCUAUAAUGUCUGCUGUGUGACUGCAAAUAGCAACUGACUGCUUGUUUCCAAGAUUCAGGUAUAUUUGGAGUUUGAAAAGAUCUAUCGUUGCGGCAGACCUCUCUCAGUUCUUAAGUUUUGACACAGAUAUGCUUAAUAAGAUGGUUAAUAAACA